AUGGAAAUCUUCACCCAAAAGGAACUGCCAACUUGUUUGCAAGAAAUGACAAUGGCAUCAAAGUUUUUGGAUGAUGCAAUUAUAAGAGGUUCUCACUCUCUCACUCCUUCUCAUCAUGUUCAUGUAUCGAGAAGUGGGGUAAACUCAUCAAUGGCAUCAACUGAAAAGCUUCUUUUAUUUUCAGAUUCUACUUCAAUGAAAGAAGAGGUACCUUUAUCCACUUUGAUUAGUCAUAUUCCUGCAAAGAUCAAUGGUCAUGAAGACAUCAAAAAUGAGAAAGAGAAAAACCAAUCCGUUUCUGGAUUCAAUUCUAUCUGCACUCUUGGUGUCUCAGCCUCAGAUAUAAAACAUGAUUCUAUUCCUCUAAAUCUUUUGGAAACUCUCUCAGCAUUACCUAUAGCACAAGUUUCAGAUGAGCCAGUGGCAUCUUCAGCUUCUUCUUCUUCUUCUACACCAAAAUUUCCAAACUUGUCUUUGUUUUUGCAGGAACCCACCAUGCUGCACUCAUCAUCCUCACAUAUCAAAAGUGGUGAAGUCAUGUCAGAAACUACAAAUCCCACAUAUUCUUGGUCACAGUUUGGUCAAACCCAGCAUCAAUCAGGUAGUGAUUCACACAAAAUGAAUAAGAAUGUAACAAAUCUUCAGUCCAAGUCUUUCAAAGACAAUUGGUUGAGUACAACAAGGACUCAGCCUUUGAAGUAUGCUUCAAGAGGUAAGUUGUUCAAAGGGGUGAGGCAGAGACAUUGGGGGAAAUGGGUUGCAGAGAUUAGAUUACCAAGAAAUAGGACUAGGGUUUGGUUAGGGACUUUUAACACAGCUGAAGAUGCUGCCAUUGCAUAUGACACAGCAGCAUACAUAUUAAGAGGAGAAUAUGCUCAGUUGAACUUUCCUGAUCUAAAGCAUGAAAUUCAAGCCAAUUCUUUGAAUGGAACAACUGCUGCACUUCUUGAGGCCAAACUACAAGCAAUUUCACAAGGUGUUUCUUCUCAUAGGAAGCACACUGCUUCACCAGCAGGGUCAAACAAUAAGCUCACUGAAGAGAAUGACAAAUUGAAAAGUAAAAAUGGCAAGGAUUCAACCAUAAAGGAGUGGCAGUUUAAUAUAGAGAGCAAGGUUGGAGCUGAGACAACAGAGAGAAGCAAAAGUACUCAUCAUAUGAUAUCAGAUGUUGAAGCCGUUCAGUUAAGUAGAAUGCCCUCCUUAGACAUGGACAUCAUUUGGGAUUCACUUUUAGUCUCUGAUUCAUGA